UCUUGACCAUCCGCGAACCUUUCGAGUGUUCACUUCAGUACUAUACAUCUAAAUUCACUUAUAGUUCACAUCUUACGAUGGUAGCAGAGGAGAGAGAGAGCAUCGUUCAAAAACCAUGCCAACGAGAGUUGUCUCCGUCAACAAUGUCAACGAGAAAUAUGCCCAACUUUGACCUCGACUUGAUUCCUGAUGAGUUUCUGUUCUAUCAAGACUUCCCAUGCUGGUUUGGGAAAUCGAUCUUUGACAGUACCGUGGCUGAGGUUGUCCAAAAGAACCACCUCGGACAUCCCGCAAUCAACUUAACUGACACGCUAGAAUUAGUGACAGCUACCUAUGCUUCAGCUGUUGCGAGUACUGGUAGAGAGGCAACCCAUGCCAGUUUCUAUCGAUAUAUAUACGACAUUCGUGACGAAUCAGAUGACAGCAACUGGAAGAAUUUCCUCCAAACUCUCUCAUCGCAUAUUGCAACCAGUUGUGAGAGGCCUCGGAAAGAAAAGGUCUCAGAGCCUUCCACUCUCCCCAUUGCCCAACCAAGGAAAUCCAAAGUCCCUACUUCGGUGAUAGAUGACAGCAGCGAGAAAUCCCCGCAUUCUUCUCAGACCUUGUCGAUAGUUCCGGAUCAUCAAUUGUCUACAUUUCUAGUCACAGUGAAUGAAACCUCGCAUAUUCAGCAACUACUACAGCCGCCAACAAGUUACGCGCCCGCGCCCGAGCUCAAUGUCGCUCCCAACUGUAUCAAAUGCGGGCGCCCUACUUCCUUGGAAACCACGAAAGAGUCGAAUCGAAACGGCAAUGCUCGCCGGCCUUACUAUAAAUGCCUAUCCUGCAAAAAAUUCCAUUGUUUCGUUGAUCUGCGGGGAAAUGACACCACGAACCCUUUGUGUCACUGCAAAGUAUCAAGUAAAAGGCAGUUGUCAGGCGUCGGCAAGCAUCUUCAGCGUACGGUACAUUAUGUAUGUAGAUUAGGGACUUGCAACUAUUAUCAUGUUGAGCAGGAUUCCAAUGGUCAUCCUCUGUCUGUAGACGAUGAGAUAGCAAACCAAAUGGUAUUGCUACAGCUAGUUUGA